GAACACUUAUCCACCGGCUUUUUUGAACAGCCUCCGACUACAGACACCGGCACUCCGAUACGCGCAUAGCGGCCGCUUUUCCGACUCUGCACAUACCACCUUUUCUCUGUUUUGUGCCGCUGCUCGCAGAUCACCGGGACCUCCCCCAGUUCAAGCUAGCCGAUGUUCAGACUACUGCCAUUGGUCUCCCUGGGAUAUCUCCGGGCCGCCCGCAAUAUACACAGCGGCGCCCGGCGCCUCCAGAACACACAGUCCGCGAACCCGUUUUUGUACCCGAGCUCGGUGCUGGACUUGGCCCAGAAAAUCGGGGCCAGCCUCGCGGCACGUGACUCGCCGGUGCCCAAGGAGCGUGUUCUAGAUGCCUUGAGGGCAUGCAAACGCCUCCAGGACCAGGUCACCGAGCACGACAAGCUCCGGCGGGAUCCUGCACAGCAGCAGAUCCAGCAGCAGAUCGACGUGGUCUUGCUGAGCGACAACGUGGAGUUCGACGCGGCACUUUUGAAGCAGGUGUUCUUGCUCAAGUUCCCACAGGCCACCACGAUCAAGAUCCUCCUGCGCUUCUACGAGCGGAACCCGGACGCGUACAUUGCCAAGAACGACGCCUUGAUUCCGUUCCGCGACUCGUUGUUCAACGCGGACUUGCACAGCGCCAUCCGAAUCACGGACAUGACCACGGGCCACCCCAACUACAUCAAGCACAAAAGCGCCGUGUUGCGCCUGGGCACCCUCAAGUUGGCCGCGUCGGCGAUCGGCAUCACGCUCUUCUCGAAGUUGGGCGUGCAGCACGUGAUCGACAUGGGCUGGCUCCUGCCCACGUGGCACCACUUGGCGUCGCUCAACGCCAUGUUCUUGACGUACUUCCUCAACUCGAGCUUCUUUGUCACCGUGGUCAAGUUCGGGCGCCAGUUGAACUCUGCGGGCGGCGACUUCUUGACGUGGCAGAAGGGCACGUUCUACACCCACUGGUACCGGCACGCCGACGAAAUGGCCAUGUGCACCAAGAUCAUGGAGGCGGACGUGAAGUUGAAUGGCGGGCCCGGCAACAGCGCGUGGCUCGUCGAGGAGCUCUGCAGGAAAAACGACCGGCUCGACGAAGGCGCCAACUUGAAGGCGGGCUUCACGCGCGACGGGCAGAAGAUCCGGCUCCUUGAGCCCAGGGACAGCAUUGAGGACUUGAAGUUGCAGGCCUACUGGAUGAGCGGUGGCGACGGGUUUGAGUGGGUGGAGCCGGACCAGGACCCGGCCGAGUUGUUGUGGAGGCAGCAUUUGAGCAAGCUCCACGCCCCGGCCGUGGCUGGUGCGGACACCAAGAACUUGGGGUGGGCCGAGGAUUUGAUUGAGGAGAAGUAGAGUCUACGAGGCUCUGCUGGACCGGGCGGUUACAUGUAUAUACAAGGACAGUCAAUAGAAGCCGCCGCGAGAUGCUGUGUUGUCCCUGGCAUGGCCGGGAGGCCCCCUGGCCGUUUGUCUGGCAUUGAGCUUGGGGGUUCUGGUGAGCAUGCUUUGAGCUGUAGUUCUGGUGAGCAGGCUUUGAGCUGUAUUUCUGAUGAGAGGCUUUGAGCUGUAGUUCUGGUGAGCAUGCAUUGAGCUGGAGGGUUCUGGUGAGCAGGGUUUGAGCUGUAGUUUUGGUGAGCAGGGUUUGAGCUGUAUUUCUGAUGAGAGGCUUUGAGCUGUAUUUCUGAUGAGAAUGAGAGGCCUUGAGCUGUAGGGUUCUGG